AUGGGCAAGGUCAAGUACAUCCUCCUCGACUGCGACAACACGCUCGUCCAGUCGGAGCGUCUUGCCUUCGAGGCCUGCGCCGACCUGACCAACAAGGUCAUGGAGAAGUACAAGAUCGACGCCCGCUACACAGCAGACUCGCUGCUUGAGGACUUUGUCGGCCACAACUUCCGUGGCAUGCUCAAGGGCCUUCAGAAGAAGCACAACUUCACCAUGACCGAAGAGGACCUCGAGAGCUACGUCGGCCAGGAGCUGGAUGCUGUCACCACCAAGCUCAGCCAGAAGGCCGUCGAGUGCCCUGGCGUCACCACAGAGCUCAACAAGCUCAAGGAGCAGGGCUACCCCAUGUCUGUUGUCAGCACCUCCGCCAAGAGCCGUGUCGUUGCUUCCAUCGAGAAGGCCGGCAUCGCCCACUUCUUCCCUCCCGAGCACGUCUACUCGGCCGCUUCCUCGCUCGACCCUCCCAGCUCGAAGCCCGACCCCGCCAUCUACAACUUCGCCUGUGAGCAGCUCGGCGUCAAGAACGCCGAGACCGUCACCGUCGAGGACAGCAAGAGCGGUGCCACAGCUGCCAUGCGCGCCGGCAUCCCCUGCAUCGCCUACGUCGGCAUCUACGGCAUCGAGGAGGGCAAGGAGAAGAUGGAGCAGAUGGCCAAGCUCCUUACCGAAGAGACCAAAUGCGCUGCCGUCAUGUACAACUGGUCUGAAUUCCAGGAGUGCCUCAAGAAGGUCGAGGCCAAGUUGUAG